AUGACUCUAAUGUGGACAUUAUUUUGUUUAAUAUUUCUUUCAUUCCCAUAUGUCCUACCAGUAUCAAAAUUUUCCAUGAAUUAUGUAUCCGUGGUAUAUGUUAUCAUUGGCCUCUAUAUAUUUAUCUAUUGGGUAUUUAGGAAAAAGUAUAUCAUUUGUGGAGAUGGAAAUGUCCCAGAUUCUUUUCUGUCUUAA